GGAAGGGAGGGACCGGGAAGGGUUCGGCGGCCAUAGCCGGGCGGUGUGGAGACGAGGAAGAAGAGGUGGAGGAGGAGGAGGAGGAGGAGGAGGAGGAGGAGGAGGAGGGAGUUGUCAUUGUGUUUUAACACCGGCCGGUUCUGGUCUGUUCUGGAAAUGGCGCUGAGGAGAUAUAGGCAACUGUUUGGGUCAUCGAUUGAUGCUCCCCCGGCCAUUGGAAUCGAUCUGGGGACCACAAAUUGCUGCGUAGGGGUCUGGAGGCACGGCUACGUGGAGAUCAUUCCCAACGAUCAGGGCCAACGCACCACCCCAUCCUACGUGGCUUUCACUGAAGAUUCGGUCUUGAUUGGCAAUUCCGCUAAGAAUGUAGCAGCUAAGAAUUCUGCUAACACUAUUUAUCACGCGAAGAGAUUGAUUGGGCAGCGGUUCGACGACCCGCUGGUUCAACGGGACAUUGCCACGUGGCCGUUCCGCGUCGCGCGCGGUUCCGACGGCGGGCCGCGCAUCCUCGUUCAGUGCGAUGGCGGCCACGUGCAGCGGCUUGAGCCGCAGACUAUCUCCUCAAUGGUCUUGAGAAAGAUGAAGGAAAUCGCCGAAGCCUAUCUGGACACCGAGGUCCGAGAUGCGGUUAUCACUGUUCCCGCCAAUUUCAAUCAAUUACAGAAGCUGGCGACGCGGGAGGCGGCGCAAAGCGCGGGACUGAAAGUUCUCAGAUUGAUCACCGAACCUUCGGCCGCGGCCUUGACCUAUGCUCUGGGUAGAACGGGUGGUUUUCGAUCUCGUGAUCCCGACGAUCCCUUCUCCUCCUCCUCCCCCUCCUCCUCCUCCCUGUCCCUCUCCCACCCAUCCCUGUUCUCCCCCUCAGGUCGGUCUGCCACGUCACCUCCUCCUCCGGGCUCUCGCUCUGACCGGUCGACACGUGGCAGCCGCCAUGCCAACUCAGCAGCCACCUCCUCCGACGAUCUCACGGUGCUGGUUGUUGAUUGGGGUGGCGGGACCUUCGACGUGUCAAUCAUGUCGUUGAAGAGGAAGGAGUUCAAGGUCAUCGCCGUGGCGGGAGAUACCCACUUGGGGGGGGAGGAUCUGGACGAGAAAAUGGCGCGCCACUUCGCGCGCGAAUUUUCCCGCGAGCACGGCAUCGACCUGCUCGGGGACGAUCGCGCCAUGCGCCGGCUUCGCGCCACCUGCCAAGAACUCAAGCACCUGUUAUCGUUUGCCACGUCAGCUUCUGCGGAGAUUGAUUGCUUGAGCGGCGGGAUUGAUUACCGCGCGUCGAUGACACGUGGCUGCUUCGAGGACCUGAAUGCGGAUCUGUUUGCCUCGUGUAUGCGGCUGAUCGAGAAGGCCGUAGCCGAGGCGCAAAUGGAUAAGGAUAAGAUUUCCAAAGUGGUUUUGGCGGGAGGAUCCACGCGGAUUCCCAAGCUGCAGAGAAUGCUCAAGGAAUUUUUUGGCGGGAAAGAGCCCCUGAAAUCCGUUCAUCCCGACGAGGCGAUCGCGCACGGCGCGGCCAUUCAAGCCGCGGUACUGACACGUGGCAUCGGCCUCGAGGUCUUGGAAUCUGCUGCCGCUGUGAUAGAAGCGAUCCCGGUCAGUCUGGGGUACAAGACCGCCUCUCAUCGCUUUCAUAAGAUGAUCGCUCGGAAUGCCACCUACCCAGCUGAGGUGGUCGUUAUGACCCAGACCACCUAUCCCGGGGACAGAUCGGUAAUUUUGCCUGUGUACGAGGGAGAGAGAGAGAAUGCGGUAGAGAAUCGAUGCCUUGGAAAGGUCGUCCUUGAGGGGUUGAAGCCGGGACCACCUGGGAGCGAGACAGAAUCGGUGCCGUUGAAGAUUUCAUUCAGAAUAGAUGAGGACGGGAUCUUGACCACAUCCAUCGUGGAUAAGAUCACAGGCCGACGGGUGUCGAAGACCUUUGGGAUGGGAUGGGGGCGGUUCUCGCGGGAAGAGGCGGAGCAUUUGGCGCAAGAAGCGCGGGAAUUUCAAGAGGAAGAUCAAGAACACGUGACGCGCGCAAGAGCUAGGCAUGACCUUAAGACCUACCUGCGAGCGAUGAAGGCCAGAGUGGCUAUGGCCACGCCCAGUGAGGAAAAGCGAGAAGCAGAGAGGGCUCUGGAGGAAGAGGAGGCUAGGCUUGGCGCGAAAGAUCGCCUCUUAUCCGUUCAGGAUUACGCGAGCAGACACUGCAGAUUGGGAAUGGUUUGUGCUCCGGUCAUCGAGUCGUUACCAAACGACGACAUUGACAAACAAUCGCGCCGAAAGGGAAAAGAAGAUCAUGUAACAUGAAACACAGUAUUAUUUUUUUCCCUUUCGCGCGCCGUUGCAACCCACGAGCACGAACGGAUGACCGCCGGCAGGUGGGUGGGGUGCGUUGGUGGGGGCAAACCCAGAGAAGACCAAAUGCGGCCUAAUUCCGCU